UGGCCGCCUCCUCCUCCUCCUCCUCCUCCUCCUCCUCGGGCUCGGCCUCCCUCCGCCCGGGCCUGGGCCUGGGCCAGUCUGGUCUCCGGGGAGCCUGGGCGUGCGGGCCGGCCCGGACCCCCGGGACCCCCCGGGACCCCCCGGGACCCCCCGCCAUGCCCGGCUUCGACUACAAGUUCCUGGAGAAGCCCAAGCGGCGGCUGCUGUGCCCGCUGUGCGGGAAGCCCAUGCGGGAGCCGGUGCAGGUGUCCACCUGCGGACACCGCUUCUGCGACACCUGCCUGCAGGAGUUCCUCAGUGAAGGUGUCUUCCAGUGCCCAGAAGACCAACUGCCCUUGGAUUAUGCCAAGAUCUAUCCGGACCCUGAGCUGGAGGUGCAGGUGCUGGGCUUGCCCAUCCGCUGCAUCCACAGCGAGGAGGGCUGUCGCUGGAACGGGGCCCUGCGUCACCUGCAGAGCCACCUGAGCGCCUGCGGCUACAACGUGGUUUCCUGCCCCAACCGCUGCAGCGCCAAGCUGAGCCGCCGCGACCUGCCUGCCCACCUGCAGCAGCUCUGUGCCAAGCGCCGCCUCAAGUGCCAGUUCUGCGGCAGCGACUUCAGCGGCGAGGCCUACGAGGGCCACGAGGGCUUGUGCCCGCAGGAGAGCGUGUACUGUGAGAACAAGUGCGGCGCCCGCAUGAUGCGGCGGCUGCUGGCCCAGCACGCCAAUGCCGAGUGCCCCAAACGCACCCAGCCCUGCCCCUACUGCACCAAGGAGUUCGUCUUUGACACCAUCCAGAACCACCAGUACCAGUGCCCACGCUUCCCUCUGCCCUGCCCCAACCAAUGCGGAACCGGCGCCGUCGCUCGCGAGGACCUGCCCGGACACCUGAAGGAAAACUGUAACACGGCCCCGGUGCUGUGCCCCUUCAAGGACGCCGGCUGCAAACACCGGUGCCCGAAGCUGGCCAUGUCCCGGCACUUGGAGGACAGCGUGAAGCUGCACCUGGGGCUGACGUGGGCGUUGGUGAGCCGGCAGCGGCAGGAGCUGCAGGAGCUGCGCCGGGACGUGGAGGAGCUGGCGGCGGGCAGCGACGGCGUCCUGGUGUGGCGCAUCGGCGGCUACGGGCGGCGGCUGCAGGAGGCCCGGGGCCGGCCCAACCACGAGUGCCUCAGCCGCCCCUUCUACACCCACAAGUACGGCUACCGGCUGCAGGUGUCCGCCUUCCUCAACGGCAACGGCAGCGGCGAGGGCACCCACCUGUCGCUCUACAUCCGCGUGCUGCCCGGCGACUACGACAACCUGCUCGAGUGGCCCUUCGCCCUGCGCGUCACCUUCUCGCUGCUCGACCAGAGCGACCCCUCCCUGUCCAAGCCGCAGCACGUCACCGAGACCUUCCACCCCGACCCUCACUGGAAGAACUUCCAGAAGCCGGGCGCCUGGCGCGGCUCGGGGAGCUCGGGGGCCGCCCUGGGCUUCGGGUACCCCAAGUUCAUCUCCCACGAGGACAUCCGCAAGCGCGACUACGUGCGCGACGACGCCGUCUUCAUCCGCGCCGCCGUGGAGCUGCCCCGGAGGAUCCUGGCCUGAGCCGCCGCGGCCCGCCCUGGAGACCUCGGGACCAGCCACCGCCCACCCUGGCGGGGACGGAGCCAGGGGUUCCUGGGCCAAGCCGGGGUUCCGACAGCCUUGGGGGCCCCGGCCCGAGGGCGAACUAGGGUGGGGCGGGUCCCCUCUUGGACACCUCAGGGCCGGCCGGGAUGCCCCGGCGCUCCCGCCAUUCCCGCAUCUCAGGGGCCUGAUCGUGGUGCUUUCCUGGGCCAGGGCUGGGGCCGCGGCUCUCUCAGGGCUCCCAGAAUCCACCCCCCCACCCCCACCCCCGGGCGCUACCCGCCACAGGCUCCUGCCCGGUCCCCAACAGCCCCCGGCCACCGUAGCAGGGCUGCGCUCCAGGCCUGAGGCUCAGAGCCAGAGGGGAAGGGGACCGGGCCCGGCUUCGUCCGCCCGGGCCGCUCUGGUUAUUUAUUGGUCGGGGCGGCGGCAGGCAGCUCGGGCGAGCGGGCUUGGCCCGGUUUGUAAUAAAUGCUGGAUUGUAUUUAUUAACCUGUGCUCGGCCUGG